AAUCGUGGUUUACGGUAGUGGCAGAUCCCCGUCCUCCGCCGGCCCAAUGGCGCUCCCGGAUGAACUCCUGGAGGAGAUCUUCCUCCGCCUCCCCGCGGCCGCCGACCUCGCGCGCGCCUCCGCGGCCUGCGUCUCCUUCCGCCGCGUCAUCGCCGGCCAUCCCUUCCUCCGCCGAUUCCGCGUCCUCCACCCGCCGCCUCUCCUGGGCAUCCUCUGCUGGGAUCUCACCCCGGCCCAGCCGCCCCACCCUUCAGCCGCCGCGGCGGCCACCUACGCCGACGCAGACUUCUCCUGCCCCUUCCUCCCCCCGUCCCCCGGCCGCUGGUGCCGCCGCGACGUCCGCGACGGCCGCGCCCUUUUCAGCCCCCGCCUCAGGGAGGGCAGCGAUCCGUGCUCGACACGCGCAGGAUGGAGUUCUCCACUAUCCACCUACCACCUCCACCUGGCUCUUAUAUGAGGGACAUGGCCAUUGUGGAGGCAGGAGAAGGAAGGUUUGGGAUGUUUACCAUUUCUGAUCAAGUUAAACGUGGUGUAUAUCAUCUCUUGUAUGCCACACGAUGCAAGGAUGGGAAUGGGGCAAACCAGUGGCAACCCAAGCCUCCAAUCUCUUUGCCGGAAAAUUAUCGCUAUUGCAUCAAGGGUGUAGCUGGUGGAUACUUACUCCUAACUGGGUAUCCAAAAGAUGAUAGGCCAACGAUAGACUAUUUUUCACUGGAUCUCCAGACUUUCCAGGUUGAAUGGUUCUGUCAGACUGGUGACUAUGUCAUGAUUGGUCACCUGUAUGCCGAUCUCCCACCGUCCUUGUCCCCACCAACACUUUGAAGUGGACUUCGUUCAGAGAAAUAUGCUGAUGGCCAGGACUCAAGCAAGUGUGACUGAUGGCAUGUUAAGGAGAAUAAAUGCAAGAGCUUCUGAAAGGGCAAAUAUUAUGCCGAGAAACUAUGAUGCCUUUUGAGCUACUGAAGAACAAGAAGCAUGCAGUGGAUAUCCGUCGGAUCAACCUUCUUUUUCCUAUUGAAGAUUCAAUAUCAUUUCUGCUACUUGUGCUUAUUAUGUAUCCAUCGCCAGAUUGGCUCCCUUAAUUGUAUUGUGUCAAGCUUCAGUAGUUUGUGCUGAACUACAUGGUGGCAUGCUCAUCUCAUGCAAAAUGCAUUUGUAAGAUGUUUGUACAAGUUCAUGGAGGAUGCUUAUAUCGCUUUUACUGCAAA